CAAUAUUUUAUCACCAAGUUGAAUUCUCUCGGCUCUUUUUCCAUCAGAAACGAGCACUGAACUCAAAUAGCCGGAGUUGCUUGUAGCCGCCGGCGAUCACAUCUCUCACGGCCAAGUCCACCGCUCUAUAUUCAUCUCUCACUCACUCAACCUUCAUUUUCGUUUUAUUCUUCCAAUCAAAAGAAGGCAGAUCAUGGGAACAUCAGUGCAAGUAACACCACUUUGUGGAGUUUACAAUGAAAACCCUCUCUCUUAUUUGGUUUCCAUUGAUUCUUUCAACAUCCUCAUCGACUGUGGUUGGAAUGACCACUUCGACCCUUCACUCCUUCAACCCCUUUCCAGGGUAGCAUCAACUAUAGAUGCUGUUUUACUUUCACAUCCUGAUACACUUCACCUUGCCGCCUUACCAUAUGCCAUUAAGCAUCUUGGACUUUCUGCUCCUGUUUAUUCAACUGAGCCUGUUUAUAGAUUGGGACUUCUCACUAUGUAUGACCACUUCCUCUCCAGAAAGCAAGUGUCCGACUUUGAUCUCUUCACUCUAGAUGAUAUUGAUUCUGCUUUCCAAACUGUAACAAGGCUAACAUACUCUCAGAAUCAUCAUCUCUCAGGAAAGGGAGAGGGAAUCGUCAUUGCACCACAUACUGCUGGACAUCUUUUGGGAGGUACGAUAUGGAAAAUUACAAAGGAUGGUGAGGAUGUCAUAUAUGCUGUUGAUUUCAAUCAUAGGAAAGAAAGGCAUUUGAACGGAACUGUUCUAGGUUCUUUUGUUCGCCCGGCUGUUCUAAUAACCGAUGCUUAUAAUGCUUUGAAUAAUCAGCCUUACAGACGUCAAAAGGACAAAGAAUUUGGAGAUAUCUUAAAGAAGACUCUAAGGGCAGGUGGCAAUGUGUUACUACCUGUUGACACUGCUGGACGAAUAUUGGAACUUAUUCUGAUGCUGGAAUCGUAUUGGGCGGAUGAAAACUUGAACUAUCCUAUUUACUUUCUUACAUAUGUUGCAUCCAGCACUAUUGAUUACGUGAAAAGUUUCCUUGAGUGGAUGAGUGAUUCCAUAGCGAAGUCCUUUGAACAAACUCGUGAAAAUAUAUUUCUUCUGAAGAAUAUCACACUUCUGGUUAGCAAGGCUGACCUCGACAAUGCUCCUGACGGUCCAAAGGUUGUUCUAGCAUCCAUGGCAAGUUUGGAAGCAGGUUUUUCACAUGAUAUAUUUGUUGAGUGGGGGAACGAUGUCAAAAAUCUUGUGCUUUUUACUGAAAGAGGCCAGUUUGGCACACUAGCUCGUAUGCUACAAGCUGAUCCACCUCCAAAAGCUGUCAAAGUCACUGUGUCGAAGAGAGUUCCUUUGGUUGGUGAAGAGCUAAUUGCCUAUGAGGAAGAGCAAAACCGAAUAAAGAAAGAAGAAGCUUUAAAAGCAAGUCUUAUGAAAGAGGAAGAAUUUAAAGCAUCUCAAGGGGCUGAUAAUAAUGCUAUUGAUCCAAUGAUCAUUGAUACUGGCAAUAGUCAACCAUCACCAGAAGUGGCUGUUCCUAAAAAUGGAGGAUACCGAGAUGUAUUUAUUGAUGGAUUUGUUCCCCCUUCAUCUAGUGUUGCCCCAAUGUUUCCCUGUUAUGAGAAUAUAACAGAAUGGGAUGAUUUUGGUGAAGUCAUAAAUCCAGAUGAUUAUGUAAUUAAGGAGGAAGACAUGGACCAGGCAGCAAAUAAUGUAGGUGGUGAUUUAAAUGGAAAACUAGAUGAAAGUGCUGCAAGUUUGAUAUUUGAUACAAAGCCAUCAAAAGUUAUAUCUGAUGAAAGGACUGUCCAAGUCAGAUGUUCAUUGGUUUACAUGGAUUUUGAAGGUCGUUCAGAUGGAAGAUCAAUUAAGAACAUUCUCUCCCAUGUUGCUCCCCUAAAGCUGGUUUUGGUGCAUGGAUCGGCUGAAGCUACAGACCAUUUGAAGCAGCACUGUCUAAAGAAUGUCUGUCCUCACGUUUACGCUCCCCAAAUUGAAGAGACUAUUGAUGUUACCUCUGAUUUAUGUGCUUAUAAGGUUCAAUUAUCUGAGAAGUUAAUGAGUAGUGUACUCUUCAAAAAGCUGGGAGAAUAUGAAGUUGCUUGGGUUGAUGCUGAAGCAGGGAAGACAGAAAAUGACAUGCUUUCGCUUCUCCCCGUUUCCGGAGCGCCUCAUCCACAUAAAUCUGUUCUUGUUGGUGAUUUGAAAUUGGCAGAUUUCAAGCAGUUCCUCUCCACCAAGGGUGUUCCGGUGGAAUUUGCUGGCGGGGCUUUGCGUUGUGGUGAAUAUGUAACUGUUCGGAAGGUUGGGGAUGCAACUCAGAAGGGUGCUGGUUCUGGUACUCAGCAAAUUAUUAUUGAAGGUCCUCUAUGUGAAGAUUACUAUAAAAUUCGAGAUUAUCUCUACUCGCAGUUUUACUUGCUUUAGAUUUGGUUGUACAAGUGCAUAGGCUAACCGUUAACUUCUUACCUUCCCUACCCUGUUUUCCAAAAAAGGCAGAAUGCAAAGUACUAUGUAGAUGCUUGUAAACAUGGUUAAUUUCGUAGCCAUUCUAACAAGAUUCACAGGAGCUGUUAUCCAUUUUCGAAGUUUUAAAUGAAGAAAUCACACUGCAUUAUUCUCGGUUUCUACCUCAAAUUUACAUCAACCAUCAUAUAUCAACUGGGGUAUAUGAACUUUUCAAGUGUGUUUGCUCUAUUUGUAUUGGUAGAAAAGGAAUUUAAUAUGUUCCUAUUUGUCUGUGUCAUUACUUUUCAUCUCUAGUAUAUGCAGUGUUUAGACACUAACAUUGAAUUAGAUAGAUAAACAAAUCUGUGUAGAGAUCGUUUCUUUUCAUCCUUUGAUAAUUUGGACCUUUACUUAUAUUAAGAACUUAUUGUUUACUGAA